AACCCAUGUUUUUAAAGAGUAUUUUUCCUAUUAGUAAUGUUCUUUUAAAAAUCGCAUUAAUUUAUCACUAUAACCAACAUACCACCCUUAUAAACCCGUAUCAUUUCAACUAGAGCUUUUGAAACUAGUCGGUGUGGGAGCAGAAGUAGCGACAUUGAACUGCGGACUUCUUGGAGCAGAGAGAGCAGAGUAGAAGAAAGUCAGCUGUGGAAGGGAAGGCAGGAAGCUCGUCACCACCACGUCAGGCACACGCAGCCAUCGACGUGUAUUGAUUACCGUCCCUUGGGACCUAACAUUCUCCUGAAGGUGUGAGGACCAAGACACGACGAUGAUAGUGUUGAGGACUGGACAAACAGUAGACCACUAUGGCGCUGUGGGACUUACACAGUGCUGGCUGGGGCCUGCAUACCACACGGGCCUGCAUACCACACGCGACUACACGAUUCCAGGGCCGGGAACGCAUAGCUGAGGACACUCGAUUCCAGGACACACCAUUCCAGGAAGCGAUACCAGUUCCAGAUUAACCUUUGGCGGAGAUUCAUACCUGAUCAUGUUGUCCACUCUAGCUCUUGACUCUGGUACUUAAGUUGUCUCCCCCCGUAUGUGUCUGAUGCCAGAUUAUCCAACACGGCACUUGACGCGAGGACAUGAGGCACCGCUGUUUGCAAGGAAGGAAGUAUCGGCGGGCGUCCGUACUGCGGGGAGGUGGGCGGCGAUGGGCGUGGGGCCUGCGGGUGUGGGCGAGCACUGUCCACCUCGCUCGCAUCGUGGAGGACAGGCUGGGUCUCGUUAAGCUGGCCGUCACCAUCACCUGCUUCCUCGCCUUCCUCUUCCUGCUGCCGGGCCUCCUCUUCCUGUACACCGCUAUCAAAUGCUGGCGAGCGGCGGUGGGCGCGUGGGCGGUAUGGGCAGUAAAAGAUGUGGAGGAGAUGGCGGGCGUGACAGUGCGGGGCGCCAUGGAGACGCCCAGCAGGCCGGGCGUGCACAUCCUCCUACUGUGUCUGUCCGGCACCCCCACCCUGGAGCACAUGCAGGCCAAGAUAAUGGAAGAUAUUGUGGAGCGGCGGGAUGUGAGUGGGCGGCUCCUUUACCCCAAUCUGCAGCGCCGCCUGGGCAAGGCCGGCGGGUACCAAGCGUGGCUUCGGCACGACAACUUUGAUCUCUGCCAGCACGUGACCCUGGCUCCCAUGCACUACCAGGGGCGCCUCCUCACCUCCCGGAACAUACAGGAGUACGUGAACGAGGUGGUGAGUCAGCCAUUGCCGAAGGACCUGCCGCCUUGGCACGUAACCCUCAUAAUGACUUGUGACGGAGGGAAUGGUGGCGAGGGGGAGACCUGGGUGGUGGCGCGCGCCCAUCACUUGCUGGCGUCAUCCCUUUCGUUGCCCGAUCUGUUGGUGGAGGCCUACCCUGAUCCCUGGCUGGAGCCUGCCUCCCGAGGCCUGUCACUCCUCACAGCGCCGGCCGCCACUGCUCGCCUCAAAGACGCGGUAGUCGAGGGCGUAACCCAUGCGGUGGAAGACAUGCAAAGCGUGGUGCUCCUUCGAGGCCGCAGCCUGCUCAAUACUGCCCUGUUCCCACUGAUAUCUGUGAUGGAGGAAGCUACACAAGCCUCCCUAAAGAUGGGGCCGGAAAUUUUCCCUGAAGGAAGUUCUGUAGUGUACUUUACUAUCGCUCUGUUGAAGCGGGCGACGGCACGCGCCAGUCUGCUGUGGACCGACGCUAGUCAACACCUAAAACAGUUUUCCGUGCGGCGUGCAGCCUUCUGUUGCGUGCUGUGGACAUUGAGGCUGUGGUGGCGCUGCGUGGUGCUGGUGUUAGUGUUGCCCUUCAUCCUGGUGAGGCAGUGCCGCGAGGUGGUGCGCGUGGCACGAGUGGCAGCGGCCAGUGAGGAGUGCAGCCUGGUGGUGGAGGCGGCGGUGGAGGUGUACUGGAUGCUCCGCGCCUUUGUGUCUCUGCCGAGACUUGUGCUCGAGUCCGUCAUCGUUCGUGGGGACACGCCGCUCCUGGGCUGGCCCAAGUACCACCACGAAAGGAAGCUCUCACGCCGGAGUUCAGGCCGUCUAUUACAAGAUGGCGUCACUGUGGCCUGGAGUGACCCAGUGCCUCUUAGCACUGUACGUGGCGUGCGCGGGGCCACGGGCGCCACACUCGGUGAAGUAUUGCUGACCGCCUCAGCAGGCGCCGUGCGGGAUUACCUGCGAGUGACGGGGCUGCCUCUGCCGGAGGAGGUGAGCUGCACGGUGCCAGUAUACUCCCAGCGGUGGGCUGAGGGCCAUGACGCCGAGGUCAACAGUCCCGGUCUAGUCACCCUUGCCCUUCCCACUGGCGCCGCCGAUCCCUCCACCGCUCUCUGCCUGCUCCGCCAGGCAAUAAAGAAGAUUCGCAACUAUCCCGAACGAUACCUGGCGUCCGUGUGGCUCAUGAGGAACGUGGCUUACUUCCUGCCGGCAUCGCUGCUGGGGGUAGUCUUCCGGGCAUUGUCAUCCCGAUACCCUGUCUUCAUGUCUAACCUGGCGGGGCCGCAGGAACCAGUCAGCCUGUGGGGCCACGACCUGGUCAAUGUGUUCCACUGGCGUCCCCCCUGUGACGGAGCAGUGUUGUCUGUGUGCGUCACGUCCUAUCGGGGAGAGGCGCUGCUGGGCCUGGCGGCGGACGGGCGCGUGGUGCCCAGUGCGGCUUCCCUUCCACAAGCCUUCGUCACCCACCUCAACGAGCUGGCCGUGAAUGUCGGAGUCAGACUAGAGCGCCGGAGUUCCCACAGUUGGUUCCGCAGCGUCACCCCUCCGCACACGCCCACGCACACGCCCAUGCACACGCCAUCGCCCACACCACCGCCAACGCCGACGCUGAAAAACACACCCAAGUUUUUCCCCCAGCGGAGCCAGCGCAGGAUGAUGGUCGGGUCUGCGCCAUACGGGCGAAGGUUUUCAGUGUAUUAGUUACGAUGCACAGCGCUUGGUGACCCGGCAAGGGCCACGAGGGUGUUCCCAGCAGACGCACCAGCGUGUUCAGGAAUACUGCGAGUACCUAAUGCAUGGCAGCCUCGGAACUAUUACCAGCCUGACUUUUUGACGUUACUUAGUUUUAUUACGCACGUGUCCGCGAUGCAUUGAUACGAUGUUCCUAAUAAACGAACAAUUGAGCUUUCA